GCAACCAUUGACAAAUUGUCCAUAUCUAAGUGCCCUCUAUCUUAUGACAGUACCAAAGCAUCCCUUGGUGGUCCAAAGUCGAUAAGAUCUAAUAGACUCAUGAUCUCACAGUCUGCCCAGAUCUCAUACAUUUCUACACUCCCUAGAAAGAGCACCCAAGCUGCAUCUUCUAGCAGUAGCUACAGCCAUGAGCUACAACGCCAAGGUAGCAGAAUAGAUGAACAAUGGACCCACACUAGUAGUGGGCUACACUCGGCCAGGAAUUCUGAGUUUAGCUCUGUUAGCAAACCACCGAAAAAUAGCACGAGUGGGAUUCCGUCCAGAAAGACAAGCGGGAAUAGCAACAGUGUACCUCGCCCUCCUAAAAUGCAUGUGUCGUCCACAUCUCAGAGGGUUGUGGAUGGUUGUGAGAAGUCGAGUGUUAAGAAAGGGGACCUGAGCAAGAUGCCUCAGCUCAGGAGAGGAGCCACCACUCUCGGCAUGGUCUCAGUGCCCCAUAGCUCCUCUGAGAUGAAAUGGGGUAAUGAUGCCUCUCAAACAACUGGUAGCCUGAAAUUCUCAUCCUUAGGAAAGAGAGCUAAUGGACAGAAGGGUAGUAUGCUCCCUAAGUCCGGAAGCAUGUCACCCCCUGCUCCACCUGUCCGAAAGUCAAGCCUCGACCAGAGAACACGCAUUUUGUUGUCUCCUAGUGCCUUAAAGUCUGUAGGUAAUGAUGGAACAAGAUUGUCUUCCUCCAAAGCAUUGAUUUCUGAGGAGGACUUUGAUGUUCGAGUUAGAGGGGAAUCCUUUAGCUUUAAGUCAUCCAGCCUGAAGACAGCUUCUAGUCUCAGAUCACAUAGUGCUAAAGGAGACAGUGGAAGGCAUUUUGGUAGUCUUAUGUCACUUGAAAGGUGUGACAGUUUAACCUCAGUGGGUUCCAAACCAAUAACAUCAAGGGAAAACAGUAAUGUCAGUAUCAGUAGCACUGGCAAAUCUGCUAAAAUGGUGCCAAAACCUGGGACACCCUGUUCAAUAUCUACACCAACCGUUACUUCCCCUCCAUCUACUAGUGGAAUUUGUAAGCUUGGACAAAUAAAAGCCAGUAUAACUCCUAGAUCCAUUGUUGGGAAUGGCAAC